UAAGUUUAGGCGGAAGCUGGUCCGUCGCCUUUUUCGUCCGGCUGCGGGUGGUCGCAUCUCGAAUUCUGACCUUACGAUCUAUCUAGUCACGGUUAGGCAGUAAUCCUGUCAUUCACACUGUAAAUACUUCAGCCCUUACAAAAUGCCUGGAUCAGUCCCAGCCAGUGGUGAGGCCACAUGGCCCAAAGAUGUGGGCAUCAUUGCCAUGGAGAUCUACUUCCCCUCCCAGUACGUGGAUCAAGCAGAGCUGGAACAGUUUGAUGGUGUGUCAGCGGGAAAGUACACGGUGGGUCUGGGCCAGGCACGUAUGGGCUUCUGCUCAGACCGCGAGGACAUCAACUCCCUGUGCCUGACUGUGGUCCAGAGGCUGAUGGAGAGGAACUGCCUGUCCUACGACAGCGUUGGGCGCCUGGAGGUUGGUACCGAAACCAUCAUUGACAAGUCCAAGUCUGUCAAGACGGUUAUCAUGCAGCUGUUUGAGGAGUCGGGCAACACAGACGUAGAGGGAAUUGAUACGACCAACGCCUGCUAUGGUGGCACAGCCGCCCUCUUCAAUGCUGUCAACUGGGUGGAGUCCAGUUCCUGGGACGGUCGCUAUGCAGUGGUGGUGGCAGGAGAUAUUGCUGUUUAUGCUACUGGAGGUGCCAGGCCAACGGGUGGUGCUGGUGCAGUCGCCAUGUUGGUUGGACCCAAUGCUCCAUUGGUUUUUGACAGAGGUCUUCGGGGAACACACAUGCAGCACGCUUAUGACUUUUACAAGCCAGAUAUGGUGUCAGAGUACCCUGUUGUGGAUGGCAAGUUGUCUAUCGAGUGCUACCUGAGUGCGUUGGACCGCUGUUACUCUGUGUACCGCAACAAGAUCCAUGCACAGUGGCAAAGGGAGGGUGUGGAGAAGCGUUUUAGCCUAGAAGACUUUGGCUAUAUGGUCUUUCACUCUCCUUACUGCAAACUGGUGCAGAAGUCACUGGCCCGUCUCAUGCUCAACGAUUUCCUGAGUCACCCCAACCCCAACACCGAGACUGGACUAUUCAGCGGUCUGGAAGCCUUCAGGCAGAUAAAGCCAGAAGAAACCUACUUUGACCGUGAUGUGGAGAAGGCCUUCAUGAAGGCCAGCACACAGCUGUUUGAGGAUAAGACCAAGGCUUCCCUCCUGGUCUCCAACCAGAACGGCAACAUGUACACGCCCUCAGUGUACGGCUGCCUGGCGUCAGUCCUCGCACAAUAUACAUCUGAACAGCUGGCGGGUCAGAGAAUAGGAUUGUUCUCCUACGGCUCAGGCUUCGCCGCCACACUCUACUCCCUCAGAGUUUCACAGGACUCAACUCCAGGUUCUGUAUUGGACAAGCUGUUGUCCAGUCUGUGUGACCUGAAGGCCAGACUUGACUCCAGGAGAAAGGUGUCUCCUGCUGUGUUUGCUGAGAACAUGAAGCUGAGGGAGGAGACUCACCACCUAGCAAACUACAUUCCUCAGGGUUCUGUUGAUGAGCUGUUCCCGGGGACAUGGUACCUGAGCCGUGUGGACGAGAAGCACCGCAGGGAGUAUGCCAAACGCUCCCUCAACGACGACCUACCCCUGGAGGCUGGCCGGGUGAACUCCACCACAACCACAGAGCAGCACAUCCCCAGCCCUGCAAAGAAGAUGCCCCGAUUCCCUGGCACCACAGGUGGGCCUGAGGCGGUGGCCAUCAGCAACGGGGACCAUUAAGCUCCUAUCCUCUGUGAGGUAUAUUUUUAGGCUGACCGACAUGUGGAGACGGAUCAACUAAAACAAACAAACAAACAAACUGAAAGAAUGGUAAAUGAAGAGCUAUGUCCAUUCACCUCUUCAGUGAUAUAUCACUGACUGUGAAUCACCACAUCAUCUAUCCCUCUCUGAACUUGGUUUAUUUAAAAGAAAAUUAAUUGCGGGAUUGUACACUUAAGUAGGUUAUAUUUUUUUUUCAUGGGAGGCCCAGGAAAAAGACAUUGGCUUUGUCAAGGUUGCAGACACUCCUCACAUUUUAUUCCUCAACUUUCUGUUCAGCUAAAAAGAGAAAGGAAGAACAAUUGUAAUUAGUUCUGUUAUAUGGACUUUAACAAAUCUUCCUUUUUUGUAUGGUAAUGUACUUACAUUUAUGGUCAUUUAUAAAGAAAACAUAUAUAUAUACCCUAAUAUAUAUUAAAAUGGUAGUGUUGCACAAACUGCUGUGGAACCAGUAGUUAAUUAAUUUGACCUAAUUACACAACGAUAAGAGGAAACCUAAAAGGAGUGAACGUCUUCUAUGACCCAUGCUUCUGUUGUAUUUAACUAUUUAGCUUAUCUUCCCUCUCUGCCAAGAAAGAUCAUAAACAGGAAUGUAGCCCUAGUGGGCAUAAAGGGAAGUUAGCCUUAUCUGUGUGUUGAUUUAUCAAAUGCUGCUACUAAUGCAACCUGCUACAAUGUGUCUGACCUGUUAAUGUGUAACUGCACAGAAGAAUACUUCAGUUGACUGUGUAAGUAAAUGUAAAACAAAAUGGCCUGACGUCUUCCUCUUGUGACACAGAGACAACAAGCAGAGUGACAGGGAGGUCAGAGGUAUUUGUUUUUUUUCUGCCACAGCUUCAGUCAUGCAAUCAAUGUUUAUUUUGACAGUGGAUGCUGCAGCAUUACAAGGAGGAAUGCAAUCACCUGACUUGAUCGGGAAAUUGAUUGAAACUCAUUAAAUGGAUUAAAUUCAAUUAUUUAACAACUAAUCUGGGCCAAGCUCUUAACAACUAUACAGAUGGCAUAAACAAAACUUUUUUUUUUUACAUAGUUUAGAGACAUUGUAAUUAAAUUACCUGUUUCUAAUUCCAUUUCCAAUGUGUAUUGGGGAAUAAUUACUUAGGAGAAGCUUUUGAAGGUAGAAAAAAAGGAAAUGUCAGUAGGCAAAAACCCAUAUGCAAUCUUGUUAACUUGUUCAUGCAUUACAUCCGGUUCUUUGCUCUGCCAGACUGGCUUUAGAACUUUCCACGCCUGUCUGUUUUGUGUUAGUGAUUCACUUGUCAUUAGUUGUGCCAAAUCGCUAUGGUAAGAGAGAAGCACUGCUAGGGUUGGUCUCACCUGCAGGUGUAUUAUGGGCAGGAUGACACCGAUGCCCAUUGUGCCUCUGUGAGCUGCAGUAAUCCAAAUAUACAUUGGGGAGUUGCCUUUCUACAGAAGACUGAAAGGAUGGACGAGGAGAGGACAGGGCAAGCAUCACACUUUAGCCGUCAUUUUAAGGGCCUCAACUCAAGGGCUUAUGGUGAGUUCUGGUUUAUCUAAAGGGGUGUGUGCUUUGAAAAAAAAAAAAUUGUUCCAUGUUGUGCGAUAUACAGAAGAAAGUAAUGUUCAGUGUCCUUCCAACAUGUCUUUUCUGAAAGACUUGAGUGACCAGAUGCGGUCCUGAAAGGGUUGUGUUCCCAGAAAGGUCUCUCUCAAAACGUAGUUUUUAUUAUAACAUUGGCGGGUAAGGAAAAGACUGUACUAGCUACCAACUAUUGACACAGGCAGAAAGUGCUCAGCCAGAAAAAUCUGCAAACAUCAGCCUUAAGGGUCUAGAGUGGGACAUAUGUUAUUCUUUUUUGACUGUUGUGGAUUACCUCAGUGACUUUAGCUGUCAAGCUACUGGUAUUGAACAAAAGGCUCUGAGGAAAAAAUAACUUGUUGUUAGAUGACAGAUUGCUCAAGUUUUCAGAAGCCUUACAGUAAGCAUGUACUAAAUGACAAAGCUAUACUCAUAAUACUGUAUAGAUAUUACUCUUUUUAAUUAAUACAGCCAAGAUAAGUUGCAUCUGAGGUUAUAUCUGUAUAUGGCUGAUGUUUACAUAAUGUUUCUCUGAGAUCUGAUAAUUUUUACCAUUUUUUGGUGAGUAAUGUACAGUAAUAACUAAGGUUUAUAUUUAUAGAUAUAAAUAAAUUGGUGUCUGAUCAAGUGUCUUUUUUUAUAGAAACAAUCUGUAUAGACAACAUGUUAUAACCAUCUAGAGAUUGACUGAUAAAUAAAUAUCUCUUUAUUCAA